GCCUUUUAUGCCACACAGUUCAGGCGGAUCAGGUACCUCGCGGAUCAAACCCAACCGAAAAAGGUACUUGACCUUCGCGACAUGGUGGACCCAUGCAUUAUUGCCAAUCGGUAUAUAUACUCCUUUUGUGGAUACCAGCAUUACGGUCACGGCGUCGCAGUCGCACCCAAGCCAAUCUCAGACACUGGAACCUCGGGUGUCGGCUCAAAGGAGCGAGACAUCGUUUCCCAUUGGCAAACGGCAUGCUGCGUGCCAGCUCAUUACCGUCGCUCUAUCCGUACCGGUAUUUUCUCUCACUCAGUGGUUGUCGCUGCAAGUGCACGCCAGCCAGCCUUCCGGGAUUGCUGCUGGGAUCUCACGUAACACUCGUCUACCUGCAGUAGGGGGCGUAUGGGAGGGGGGUGUGCGCACUAUAGUGUAUGCCGUCACCCGGCAAGCGUCCCUAGCAGAACUAUGCCGGCCAAGGCGCGCGCUCGCGCUUCGAUUGACUUCAUCCCAUCUUGCACUCAUGGUUGGUAGCGGCGAUUCGACGAAAAAGUUUGAUAAGAAAAAGGUGGGAAAAUAAAAAUAAAAAUAAGAUACAACGGGUGAGAACGGAACAGAGACGGAUUACGGAGAAACUCAUCAUCAUGUGCAAAUCGACCGCAAGCAGCAAAACGGGAAGGGAGGAGGCGAGCGGGAGAAUAAAGCGAGAGGACCUCGAGCGACUUCGCCAUCGCCCCCCUUCAAACGACAAACGGUCUCACCGUGUCCCUUUUUAUCUCUGGGAAGAUACCGUUCCAAGCCGGUGAC